CAGGGAACCAAUAGGAACAGCACACUGUGCGAAGUGACAAGAGUCUUUCAUCCAAUGAUCAGCCGGAAUGAAGGUGCACACAAUUUGUAUUUCUGUGUGCAAGAGCGAGUUCCCUACGUGGAUAACGUCCAUCACUUUAACAUUUUAAACACGUUAACUGUGUUUAUCAAGCUAGUUAGGAGUAUAUAACUUUACUAACCAGUUACAACAACUAACCGUAAGUGCAGAGUUGUUAAGAUGAUGGAUGCUCUGUCUGUGGUGAGCCAGCUACGGGACCUGGCCACCGAACCUCAGAACCGGGAGGCCAUAGUCCAGGACCAGGGUUGUCUUCCAGGCCUGGUACUCUUCAUGGACCACCAAAACACUAAAGUGCUAUUCGCCACUCUGCAGACCUUGCGUUACCUAGCCGAAUCCCAUCAAAACAUCCCCAUCAUGAAGAAUGAACUUGGGAUGAUGGUGAGCUUAGAGAACCUGAUAGACAGGAAUGGGUUGUCGGUUGACAUUAGCGCCCUGGCGAAGGAGGUGUAUGGUAUCCUGAAAGCACCACCCCCCCGCUCCCCGGAGAGAGGGAGGAGGAACAAGUCCCAGUUCUUCCUCAACUCCUCUAACAAGAAGGCCAAGUCUGUCACCCUGCACAUCCAGGGACUAGACAGCACUGACCAGAGAGGUAUGUGUGAGCAGGCUCUCCUCAAGGUCAAGGGGGUCAUCAGCUUCACCUUCCAGAUGGCCUCCAAGAGAUGCACCGUCCGGAUCCGCUCAGACCUGCCUACUGAGAGCCUGGCAUCAGCUAUUGCUGCCACCCAGGUGCUGUCAGCCCAGCAGGUUGUGAAGAACGAAGCCGGAGAAGAGGUCUUGCUGCCCAUCAGCUCAAGUGGAGUGGAGGUCCAGGAGAACGGGGCCCUGCCCGACUACCUCCCCGAGGAGGAGAGCCCCGAGAGGGACACGGACCGCGCCGUCUCCCGCACCACCGCCAAGGACGACGCCAGCGGGAGCUGGCUGAACGCAGCCGCCGGCUUCCUCACCAAGACCUUCUACUGGUGAGAGGGGAGCCCGCGGAGCUGCCGCCGCCCAACACGCAGCUGCCACCAGACAGACUUGACCACCAGAGGCCGUGUUCGAACAGGACUUGAGGACGCAAUCCUUUCCUAGCGCCACCGAAUCUCGAAUCGGACGUGAUUGGACGGAGCAUGAGCUCGUAUUUACCGUCGCCAACCCGGUUGGGUCUGUGGUCAGACUUGCCUGGAUGGGAGGGCGUGUUGACCAGGGCCAGCGCUGUGUGUGGAUGUGCUGAAGGGUAACGCUGUGUGUGGUGAUGGAAGCCCACCCACUGCUGAAAAGAAAAGUCCUGGUCGUUCUGUGCUUGUGAUGCCCGUUCCUGUCCUGUUUGUGAAUGUAAAUAUUUCUUCUUGUCAGAAUCUCCUGUUUUCUCCAUCUUUGUUACACAUGUUCCAGUUCUUCACACUGCCGUAUGCUUUGUAUUCACAUUUGAAUCGGUUUCCCAUUUCAAUGUAUGAGUUGUCAUUCUUCACACGGAACUGCGAACCAUUUGAACACCUUCAAUGUUGUCAUUUGAAACUAUUCUUCAAAUAAACCUCGUCUUUAUGUACUUGUUUAAGGCCGGAGCGACCGCUAAUACACAACCAGGCUGAGA